AUGAGGAAUGCGCCCGCACGAUCACUGCGAGCAGGCAAGAGCUACUUCAGCAAGAUCGCCACUGCUCAAGGCAAAGCCGCUUCAGAGAUGAUUCCUUGCGAUGAGCUCUUGGGACUCGUGGAAUGGUUGGCAGAGACUGAGACGCACUCAUUUGAGGCUCGAUCGCAUCGAGAAGCGCGGGCACCGGUUGCUUCCAAGACCUGUCGUCCAGAGCACUUCUAUCCGCUAGCCGCUAGCCUCCAUUCUGGUAUUCCUAGGCUGGGGCGACGUGCACACGAAGACUGGAUGUGGCUUCAGAGCCGCGCUGCCACCGUUUCGGCCCAUUGCAUGUUCGAGCUAAGUUUGGCAAAGGAGAAGCUGCAAGUAGCUGCAAAUGCGGCUGAGGAGGAGAUUCUGCAAGCAUGGAAAAAGCUUGUGCUGCUACUGCAUCCGGACAAGCCGGCUCCCCAGCUUAGCAGCAUUGCCAGCGUGUUCAGAGGCACAAACAAAGCCUUCGGACGCUGA